AUGGUCCAAAGACUGUACCCGCAUCAACGCGCAGGCAUUCAGUGGCUCUACGCUCGCCAUUGCAAGUCCCGUGCCUGUCUCCUGGCGGAUGAGAUGGGCCUCGGCAAGACAGUGCAGGUGGCUGUCUUUCUUGGCCAGCUCUACGCGCGGCAGAUGAUCAAGACGACGAUCCUCGUCGUCCCCCCGACGCUGAUCUCCAUGUGGACGGCCGCUUUCGCAGAGUGGGGCGGCGCGUCACUUAUACGGCUCGUCGAAGUCAUCCACAAUGAGCCCCGCAUAAAGCGGCAGACGCGGUGGCGGAAACUGCGCUAUGGGCUGCCUUGUGUGCUGCUCACCACCUAUGGCGUGCUGCGGCAGGACGCGGCAGCCAUGAGCGCCACUCUUGUGGACUACGUUGUGCUGGACGAGGCGCACUUCAUAAAGGACCCCAGCACCUCUGUCUUCAAGAGCGCCAUGACCCUCGCCGCACGGCACAAGAUCGCGCUGACAGGCACGCCACUCAUGAACGCCUUCGAUGACAUGUGGAGCGUCUUUCGCUUCCUCGAUGGGUCGGUAAUCGAUGUGGACCGGGCGAAAUUCAACACCAUCAGCGCGACCCUGCUGCGCGGUAAUCAGCGUGACGCCAGCGCGGCGCAGCGGGCGGCUGCCUCGGACGCGCUGGCAAAGCUGCAGGCCGCCAUUCGCCCUUUCACGCUGCGCCGCGAAAAGAAGGACGUCGCUGCGGACGUGCUGUCGAGUAGGAAGGAGGACGUCGUCGUGUGGGUGCGCUUGACGGACGCGCAGCAGCAGCUGUACGCGGCCUUCUUGGAUUCCAAGGAGGUGGCGUCCGCCCGUGACGGCGCAGCGGACGUGGACUUCACAGAGGUCACCGCUGGCGAGGAUGGUGUGGACACGGAAAAGGCUAAGCUAGGCAGUGGCGGCCCGUCAGGUGCUGCCACUACUGCCAGUGCAUCAACGAAUCCCUUGCUUCUCCUGACAAUGCUGUUGCAGAUCUGCAACCAUCCCUGGUUGAGCCUCGUCGACGAGGCCUUCGCAGCGGCCCUCGCGCACAACCCGUACGAGGCCCCCGUGGCAGAGAUUGGCGAUAUCUUUGGUGGCGCAAAGCUGUGGGUGGCACUGCAGCUGAUUCUCCGCUGCGUCUCGGAGCGGCGCAAGACGCUCGUCUUCUCGCGCUCAAAACGACUUCUGCACCUCCUCAGUUUCCUCCUGCGUGAGUGGCGACUGACACACACACAGGUGGACGGCGGCACGCCGAGCGAGCGCCGCUGCGCCGAGGUCGACCGUUUCAACAGCAACGCGGGCGUGUGGGUGUGUCUACUCACGACGCAGGUUGGCGGUGUCGGGCUCACCUUUAGCGCCGCCUCGGCGGUGGUGCUGCUCGACCCCAGCUGGAACCCGUCUGCGGAUGCCCAGGCUGUGGACCGCGUCCACCGCAUUGGCCAGCAGCGCAACGUCGUCGUCUUCCGCCUGGUGACGUGCGGAACGGUCGAGGAGAAGGUGUACCGCAAUCAAAUUUUCAAGCGCAUGGCAGCGCUGCAGUCCACGAAGGGCAGCAGCGGCGGAGAGGGCAGUCGGCCUCCGGAGCCAGGUGCUGAUGGAGAGCUCUACCGCUACUUCACGCGCCUGCAGCUGCGCAGCAUGUUUGUCAUGGAUGAUGUUGAGCAGAGCAGCACAGCAGAGCAGCUGGAGCUGCUGCACCCGGGGCGCGUCCGCUCGCAAAUGCGCGAGGAACUCUGCAGGAUCGACGGUGUGCGCGACGUGAGCGACAAUGCAUGCGUACUGACAGAGGCGGUCGACGCGGGCGCAGCGGGCCGCGAUGAAGCAAACCUGACGCUCACGCCUUCGGCCACGUCGGGGCGCACGGGGCAUGCAGACUCUGUCUCACCAACGUUAUCGCAAGCAUCGCUGUCCCAGCAGACGCUGGGGCAAGUACGCAGCCGCUCAGACGACGCGCAAGGCGGCGAUGGUGCUUCUCGGCGCUGCCGCGUCGAAGAGGACACGCUCACCAGCGUGCAUGUUGAAAGGGAGGGCUACGGCGCUUCCACGAAUCCUAGGGGGGCCUUCGGAGCGGCUUCACAGACGACCGCGCCGGCGAUAUCCGCGCAGCCCGAGUUGCAGAGCUCUCAGCACGCCAGUAGCUCGCCGUUUCCUUUAGCUCUACCCGACCGCAGUGCAACGAUGCUGGCACCCCUUUGA